CUCCCCAGCCAGACUCGGUGCACAGCCAAUACAUUGCAGGCUCUGGAGGGAGCUGUCAUGAAGGACUCAGGCAUCCUGGCUAGUCAUGCGUGCAAGUGUGUCUGCAUUCCUACCUCAGGCACCUCCAUAUGGAGGCCUCCUUUUGGGGGGCCCUUGUCUCAAGCUUUCCUCACGUGCCCCUGCAAAGACUUUAUGGGACGCAAGUAGAAUACGUGGUUUGUGUUCAACUCCUAACCUAAAGGUUGGUGGUUCAAACCCACCCAGUGGUGUCACGGAAGAAAGACCUGGAAAUCUGCGUCCGAGAAGGUUACAGCCAAGAAAAUCCUAUUCUACUCCGACACACAUGGAGUCACUACGAGUCAGAAUCGGGUUUGGUUCUGUUUUUCAGGCGGCCUUGGAGACAUUUUUCUCCAUUCAGUCGGUACUCAGAACUUUCCCAUCCCUGCUAGCCUUUCCCCGCUCCCUUCCCCUGUCCCAUAAAACUGCAGAAGGCUUUGGUCCAGGGGUUCCCUUGGCAAUGAGAUAAUUCCCCCAUCAGUGCUGAUCCAUCUGACCCUCGCUGAUGCUGUUCCAUCGGCAAAAAUGGAAUAUUGGGGAAGCCAGCACUUUCUCCUGUUAAGUCUCGUGCUUAUACAGUCUCAAUAAGCCAUUAAAGACUUUCAUUUUGGCUUAUUGUCUUAACUGAUUGCUCUGAUUCCUGGCAGCUCAGCUCUGCCCAGCUUGGCUCAGCUCUUGACACUCCCAAAAGUCAAGGCGGAACCACACUGUAUCUUCCAUUCAACCUCAGAUGAGGUUGAUCCAUUUGACCUUGUCAUUUAAGGCUAAUCAAGGGCCAGGCUCUCAAGGGGCAGAGGGAGCCACAGCUUCCCAAACUUAGUAAGGCCCUAUGUGAGUUAGCUAGUGCUACUAUAACAGAAAUACCACAAGUGGUUGGCUUUAACACAAAAUUUAUUCUCUUACAGUCUAGGAAAAUAGAAGUCCAAAUUCAGGGUGCCAGCUCCAGGGGAAGGCUUUCUCUCUCUGUUGGCUCUGGAGGAAGGUCCUUGUCAUCAAAUUCCUCUGGUCUAGGAGCUUCUAAGGACAGGGACCCCUGGUCCAAAGGAUGAGCUCUACUUCUGGUGCUUCUUUUCUUGGUGGUAUGAUGCCCCCUGUCUCUCUGAUCACUUCUCUCUUUUAUAUCUCAAAAGAGAUUGACUUAAGACAAAACCUAAUCUCAUAGAUUGAGCUCUGGCUCAGUAACAUAACUGCCUCUAACCCCAUCUCAUUAACAUCAUAGAGGUAGGAUUUAUAACACAUAGAAAAAUCACAUCAGACGACAAAAUGGUAGACAAUCACACAAUACUGGGAAUCAUGUCCUAGCCAGGUUGACACAUUUUUGGAGGACACAUUUCAAUCCAUAACAGCCCUGACCACCUGUGAACUCUUGGCAGUAUGUAAUAUACCUGAAGCGAAAAGAGAUGAAGCUCCCUUGGCUGUUCUAUUUAAAUGCAAGUCCGUCCUUGAGACCAUGUCUGUUAUAUUUGCCAUUGAACGUCCAGUACCCAGGUUAGUACAUGGCACACACCGGACAUUUGAUAACUAUGUCAGCUUUCUCCAAAUGAGGCCUAUGCACAGGGAGGUGCCUAUGGGUGUGGGGCUCUGAAGGCUGUGUCAUCCCAGCUCUGGCCACAGAGGUUUCAUUAGAGAGGGAAGCUGAGCUGUGAGCACGUUGCUAGGCUGUGGAUAUUUAUUUUCAUAAAUGAGGCUCGUGCUUAAUUUAGAACUCUGCUUUUGCUUUUGCUUUCUUCUUUCCAGCAUCAUCUGGCUGUCUGGCACCAUCAAAGAAUUGCGUUUUUGACCCAACCAGAGCUUGUGGGUAGAUGAGCGCUGGGAGAAGGCUGGGAGAGGAAGGAUGCCAGCCUGGCUGUCUCAGGGGAGGGGGAAACAAUGUGGCCAUGCCAUUAGCAUUCUGUUCAGCUUCUGGAUGAGUCUCAUCUGUGACACCUACGUCGCCUUCACUGGGAACAGCAGGAUACAAAGCGGCUGUGGUGUUGGCGCCUGCUCUGAGGAACCACACACCAGAAUAUAGCAGAGCAGAAGGCUUGGCCAUGCAAAAGAGGACCAACGUCAGGUGCCAGAAGUGCGUGACAUCUUGCCUCUCGGUUCUUUGGAUGCAGCUAUUUUAAUAGAGCCACUUUAUUGCAGCUAUUACAAUGUUAGGUUAUUCUGAUUUGGCUCCAAAAUUCAGCCAAUACAUAGUCAGCUUCUUAAAAUUAAGUAAAUGAUGAGUAUACUGGGCAUUUCCAGUCUGUCUCCGAGCUUCACUCCAACUCGGACCUUCACUCCAUUGUCAACCCUACCUCCAGUAAUCGAGGGCAUAUGGGUCAGGGACAGGUAAGGGCAGGGGUUGGUAAAGGUUCCACAUGGGAGAAAUAUCAGGGAUCAGACGAUGGUCAGGGAUGAGAUGAGGAUCAGAAUUGCAAGGAGAGACAGAAUCCUGGUGGAGCAACAGUUAAGUGCUCGGCUGCCAACUGAAAGAUUGGCAGUUUAAACCCACCCAGUGGCUCUUUGGGAGAAAGCCUUGGCCACCUGCUGUAGUAAAGAUUUCUGCCAAGAAAACCCUAUGAGGCAGUUCUACUCUGUCACAUGGGGUCACUAUGAGUCAAAGUCAACUCGAUGGCACCUAACAACAGCAAUAGGGCUAGAGAAAGGUUGGGAGUCCUCUGAAGUCAAAAAGUCAGAGUUCAAGUUCAAAGAAAGUCAAGUUCAGAGAUGGGGCAAGAGUCAGAGAUGCAAUGAGGGGCAGGAAAUAAGUUACACACAGAAAAUAGAGUUUGCAUUUUGCCUCACCUGUUUUUAGGCAGCUAUUCCACAAAUAAAAAGGAACCCUGGUGGGCACAGUGAUUAAAGCAUUCAGCAGCUAACCAAAAGGUCGGUGGUUCGAACCCACCUGCCACUCUAUGGGAGAAAGAUGAGGCAGUCUGCUUUCGUAAAGAUUUACAGAUGGGGCAGUUCUGCUUUGUCCUAUAGGGUCCCUACGAACUGAAAUUGAUGUGACAGCAGUGGGUUGUUUUUGAGGUUGUUUUUUUUUUGUUCGUUUCAAAACAACUGUGUUAGAACAGCUGUGUGAAAUUGUUGGUCAAGAAAAUAGUCCAUUUAGGAGUCAGAAUAGCAAAAUUUGGCUUUUCCGUGAAUAGAAUCUGACUAAAUAUCUAUCCAUUUCACUUUAGGUUUUGUGUGAACCUUAGUUUUCCCAUAUAAAAUCAAAUAAUAGUGUCUGCCUUUCCUCUUUCCCCACCUUUUGUUCUCCCUCCAAGCAACCUGAUGAGAAAUGAGCCAGCAGCUCCUAAACUGCCUCAAACCACUGGGAGAAAGGCGUUUGCUUGAACAGUGGGUAUUAGCCUAUAUGGGUCCUCUCUAAGUAAAGGGAUGUCAAAGUUGGACAAAUGCAGCCAUCUUGCCUGGUGACUCAUGCGGACACAGCGGCGCCUUUAGCAGGAAUGUGCAGUGUCUGUAACGAAUCUGCUUCUGCCAUGGCAGAGAACGGAGUGUUAUCUACCCAAAUGCUAUCGACUUGGGGAGUUUGCACCUGGGCACUAGGGAUUAGACGUAGAACCAGUUGAGAGGAACCUGGUGUUUCUGCCUGUAAUCUACAGUCUCAUUGCACAAAGGGCUGGACAACAACAAGCUGGUGCCCAAUCGUUGCCUGCCCUUUGGCAGUGAAGAAAUUCUUCUGAAUAAUCCGGCCGGUCAUCAAGCUCACCAAAGUCCCAGUGAGUACAACCAACCAACCAACUAGUUAUUGUGGAGCUGAUUCCAACUCAUGGCAGCCCCAUGUAUCAGUGUAGAACUGUGCUCCAUAGGGUUUUCAGUGGCUAAUUUUUUGGAAGUAGAUUGGCAGGCCUUUCUUCCGAGGCAUCCCUGGGUGCAUGUGAAUCUCCAGUCUUUCAAUUGGCAGCUAAGCCCCUUAACAGUUUGUACCAUCCGGAGAUACCCACCCCCACAGGCAGCUCCUGUUUUAUUGAAAGUGAAGUGAAAAGAACACUCAAACUUUCUCUGCCAUGUUUCACGACAGGUAGUUCCCAAUUUAGGACGUAUUUCAGUUACAAUGAAACACACUCAUGACUGUCUUUUUUUGGUACAUCUUAUUGUUAGUAAUGUUUACUACAGACGGUGUUGCAACAUGAUGUAAUUUGCUGAUGUUAUCAUUCUCAGAUUUUUAUUAGCAGAUGUUCAGUUUUAUGAUUUACUGUUGAAAACACUGCUGUAUAGAUUUAGUUUUCUAAACUAAAUCAGGAGCUUCAGUUGUUUGAAAACAUGGGCCCAAACGCUUGAUCGCAUUGCUAAAGUCGAUAGGAUAUUUAGGAAGCAGUGAGAUGUUACCACGAAAUAUAUGAAGAAAAAAAGAAGAGGAGCAUACAGACAACUCUCUAAUUUUCUGACUAGAAACACCAUCCGCAUUCCCAGGGAUAAUCCAGAUGAUCCAGAACCUUCCACAAGUGGAGUUAUUACUGCAGCUGACAAAAUACCUUCAUCCAGUUCUUCACUAUCAGAGUAAACUUUUAUGAUUUGUGUGGUUUUUUAUGUAUGUUAUUAUUAUUAUAUUAUUGUUACAUUAUCCGACUCAUAGCAACCCUAUAGGACAGAGUAGAACUGCCCCAUAGGGCUUCCAAGGAGCUGCUGGUGGAUUUGAACUGCUGACCUUUUGGUUAGCAGCCAAGCUCUUAAUCACUAUGCCACCAGGGCUACUUUAUAUAUGUAGGUGUUAAAAAUAUAUAUGUAAGUUUAUAUGUAAUGCUUCCAACCCACAAAGAUAAAUAAAGAUUGGAUUUAUAAAGAUAAUAAAAGGCAGAAAUAAUGAGGAAAAAAAAAUGAGGUAUUCAACUUACAACAGAGUUGUUGGAAGAGAACCCCUUGGGAAGUCAGGGACUACCUGUAUUUUGUUUGUUGUUCCCCAGGAAGAGAGCUUUUGCAUCACAAAAUGAAGCCUGGCUGAUUGGGGUGAGAUGUUGGCAAGGACUGGGGCUUCUGCUUCUAGAAGCCUGUCCUGUGGCUACCCACUGCAGGGUUGGUGCCUUUCUCCUCACCCUCAGAGAGCCAGGGCAUGUCUGUGUCUCUGCAGCUCAGCUUACCCAGCCACAUCUCCAAGCACUUAACGCUUUUUCGUAUCCCUAUUGUAAGAGCUAAGAACCAUCCCCUCUGGUACAGUUAAUCUGUGUUCCCGUCAUCAAUCCAUCUUUCUUUGUUCCUUCUCACCACGGCCCUGCCUUCAGAUUCCUUCUGGAUUCCUUUCUCAGGCGUCCUGUUUUGAUUCCCUCCUCACAUUUACUUCCAAGUGCCAAGAACAACUCUGUUCAGGCAGGAGGCAGGAGGCCUAAAAGGGAACUGGAGCAGUGGCUUCUCUCUAUUAGCAUUCUUCAGAUUUAGGGGGCAAUUUCUUCUGGGAACUGAGUAGAUCCUCUCUUAAGCCCCUCCCCCACCAACAACAUGUCUCUGUCCCGGGGAGUCACUUUGCAUCCAUUGUUUGUAACUGAAUGAUGGUGAGAGCUUUUCUUCCCUAGCCUGUGUGGAAGGGUUCAGCACCCCGCCCCCCACUCCCCGGGAUGUGGCGGAGGCCAAGUGACUAUUACAACGGGUAUUGUAUGUCAUUGUUUUGGACUUGAGCAUUACCCUCAGUAUCUGAUUGUAUGAUAACACCUGGAUCCUCUUCCAGAGUUGCUCGGUUUUUCCAGUCCUGCAGCACCCUGUUCACCCUUUAGGACAGUCUCCCUGAUUGACUGGCUCCUGGGUUUAGCUGGAGGGGUCAGAUCCAGCCAACACUUGUUUCUCUGUUGACAGGCGUUGGCCUUAGUGACACAUUCCAAGCACAGGUAGCUGGCGCUCUCUCUAGUGCCUCUUCAACGUUUUGGGGAAGUUGCAUUGCCCCAUCCACCACUCUGGAUAGUCAUCCAGGAAUUUGCCUUUUAGCACAGAGUGAAACAAAGAGACUGGAGGGGCGAGGUAACACCCAGGCAGCAAGUAAGUCUGCUCUAUUCAUCCCAAGAGGACUUCCUGUGCCACCUGGGAGUGGCCUGGCCCUGGACUUGGUCCACCUGGACCGAUUUCAACAAAGGCCUAGUUUCUUGUAGACCCAAGAACAUUCUGCCCUCCCAGAAUGGGACGCUACUCUGGCAGUGGUGAGGGAGGGUAACUGCAAAGAGGAUCUUUGAGAGUCAGGGAGCUAGGCCUAUGCCUCAGGACCUAAAACCAGCGUAAUUAGGCCAAGGCUGAGGAGAGGUCGGCUUUGCCACAAACACGCCUUACAUCUGAAGGUGAUUCUGUGUACAUGAAUUGUCUCCUUUGACCCUAGACAAAACUCUUAGAGGUAAAUGGGGCAGGCGUUACGACUCCUGGUUUACCAAGGGGGAAACUGAGUUCUAGAAGUUUUGUUAAUCUCCUUAGUAUCAAAUGAGAAAAUUACUGGCAGACUUGAGGCAAGAAACCUCAAAUUCCUGCCAUCUGCUGCUACUUUUUCCGUUAUUCCUUGCUGCUCUUCAGCAGGGCUUAAGUAAAAUGGCAAACACAAGUCCCAGCCCUUCCUGCUGGGAGGCAGUUGGAAGCUGGCUUGGAUUUGAGUUGUAGAGGCCAGGGGCCUGAGAGACUGCAAGCUCUGCUUCCACUUGCCUGUAGAGUGAGGCCUUUUGGAGCUCACUGUUUACAAGGCCGCGGAGAGAGGAGUGCAGAGGAGGAGGGAGAGCAACUAUGGCAGUGUGUGUGGGCUUAUGUAUACAGACUAAGACAGACUAGGAAGAAAGGCCUGGCAACCUACAAAAUCAGCCAACGAAAGCCCAAUGGAUCACAACACAGAUAAGGAGGAGCCAUUACUGCCAUGAUGACUGUUACAGAUGGAUGGAACAGACCCACUUGGAGGUCAUUUGCAGCUUUGUGGACACAUCCAUGGCUUCCUACCUCAGGCAUCUGCAUCUCUGCUUGAGGGCCUUCUCUGGCCACAGGAAUUUCCUGAGCCCCUGCACGGAACAGGACAGAGAAGCUCCAAACUUAAUGGUGCCCAGAGGAGCCCUUGGACUCCCUGGGUGGUGCAAGGGUUAAUGCGCUUUGCUGCUAACGGAAAUGUUGAAGGUUCAAGUCUACCCAGGGACACCUCGGAAGAAAAGCCUGGUGAUCUACUUCAGAAAAAUCAACCAAAGAAAACCCUGCAGAGCUCAGUUCUCCUCUGAAACACGUGGGGUUUCCAUGAGUUGGCGUUUACUUGAUGGCAACUGGCGUGUGUGUGUGUGUGUGUGUGUGUGU